AUGGAUCUUUUGUGGAGGUAUGGAAUGUGCCUCUCCAAAGAUGGGCGAUGGAAUGAGGCUGAGGCUGCAAUUGCUGAAGUUCUUGAAAUCGAGAAGAGAGGUCUUGGAGCGGACCAUCCAGAUACAUUAAAUAGCAUGGCUAACCUGGCGUCGACUUACCGGAACCAAGGACAAUGGGACAAGGCUGAAGAGCUAAAGGUGCAAGUGCUAGAGGCGAGAAAGACGAAACUUGGAGCGGACCAUCCAGAUACAUUAACUAGCAUGAAUAACCUGGCGUCGAUUUACUGGGAUCAGGGACGGUUAGACGAGGCUGAAGAGCUAGAGGUGCAAGUGCUAGAGGCGAGAAAGACGAAACUUGGAGCAGACCAUCCAGCCACAUUAAAUAGCAUGGCUAACCUGGCAUUGAUUUACCGGGACCAAGGACAAUUGGACAAGGCUGAAGAGCUAGAGGUACAAGCGCUAGAGGCGAGAAAGACGAAACUUGGAGCGGACCAUCCAGAUAUAUUAACUAGCAUGAAUAACCUGGCGUCGAUUUACUGGGAUCAGGGACGGUUAGACGAGGCUGAAGAGCUAGAGGUGCAAGUGCUAGAGGCGAGAAAGACGAAACUUGGAGCGGACCAUCCAGAUACAUUAACUAGCAUGAAUAACCUGGCGUCGAUUUACUGGGAUCAGGGACGGUUAGACGAGGCUGAAGAGCUAGAGGUGCAAGUGCUAGAGGCGAGAAAAACGAAACUCGGAGCAGACCAUCCAGCCACAUUAAAUAGCAUGGCUAACCUGGCAUUGACUUACCGGAACCAAGGACAAUGGGACAAGGCUGAAGAGCUAAGUGUGCAAGUGCUAGAAACGAGCAAGAUAAAGCUCGGAGCGGACCAUCCAGACACAUUGACUAGUAUAAACAAUCUUGCCUGGAUAUGGAAAAAAUAUGGCCGAGAUAUAGAGGCCUUUAAGCUAAUGGAGGAAUGUGUAAAAGCACGAACCCGGAUCUUAGGUACAAGCCACCCUAGUACUUUGUUUUCCCGCCAAGCAUUACUUGAAUGGCAGACGGAGAAAUCGGAGAUUGGUGCCUCGGCAGAUAGAGAAUAA